AUGACUUCAAUUCAACCUACAUCAAGACCGCCACCACUGUUCGCCAAGUUAUUACGAUUGGAUAACCCAAUUCGAAGCUUGACACUGGCCUUUUGGACCUGGAAGAUUUUGUUAUACAUUGUCGUGACCGCCUGUCCAGGUUUGGGCUAUGACACCUCUACCUCCUUGAUCUCAUAUGCUGCCAAUCCGACCACGGUGGCUAGUGAGUCCGAGUCCCUUUCGGGAUCUCUGAAAUUCGCCCGGUGGGAUAGUAUCUAUUUUCUGAAUAUUGCCCAAAAGGGAUACCUGUUCGAGCAAGAAUGGGCCUUUGGCUGGGGCUAUACUAAGCUUCUGUCUCUUUUUGUCUCCGGGAUUCGUCUCUCCGGUGGAAAUGAUGGACCAGCCAGCACUGCAAUGGUGGGUGUAGUCCUCUCUCACGUUGCCCAUUACCUGUCUGUACUGGCACUCUAUCGUCUGUCGUCCAAUAUCUUCGGCCAUGCCACAGCCCACCAGCAUCUCAUCUGCUUUCUGUCAGCAGCUCUUCACAUCAUCUCUCCAGCAGGCGCUUUCCUGUCCGCGCCUUAUGGCGAGUCGAUCGUGUCUUUCCUGAACAUCACUGGCUUUUACCUCUACUCAUCGUCACUCAUCGCCGAGCGCAAUGGGGCCACGCGGCUUCGAGACGUUCGGGUUCUCACAUCCGCCGUUCUCUUUGCAGUGGCCACCAUGGUCCGCAGUAAUGGGGUACUCAGUGGGUUCCUAUUCGCCUAUGACGCGACGGUUCUAGGGUGGAAGACUUUGACUCGAGGACCAACUCUACAUACCUCUGUUCGUCUUGCAGUGAUCGUGUUCGGUGGCUGCAUUGUAGGAUCCGGGAUGGUGAUCCCUCAGAUCCUGGCUUAUCGCAUGUACUGCAUGUCCGAGGGCGAUGCUCGGCCAUGGUGUAAGUGGGCAUUGCCUAGCAUCUACGGCUGGGUCCAAGAGCAUUAUUGGAAUGUUGGCUUCCUGCGAUAUUGGACAGUCUCCAAUAUACCGCUUUUCCUGUUGGCUGCACCGAUGUUAGCUAUUAUUUGCAGAUCCAGCUUGUGGGCACUGCAGAGUCCCUCAUCAUCAUCGACUAGCCCCGGGUCAAUGCUCACUCGGCUAGCUGUUCCCCAGGGGCUGCUGGCAGUCAUGGCAUUUGUCGGCUACCACGUCCAGAUCAUCAACCGCAUUUCGUCGGGGUAUCCCUUGUGGUACUGGUACUUGGUCACUAGCGCUGUAGACCUCAGCUCCAGCUCACUUAAACAGAGCCGGACUCUUGCCGUCGCUGUGUACAGCAUGGUGGGUUAUGCGUUGAUCCAGGGAGUUCUUUUUGGUUCUUUCCUACCCCCGGCGUAA